AUGGGGAAUGCUUGUGUCUCCUGCCUAACAGGUAUAUUUACCUCGAUUGACGGAUGGUGCCGCUUUUCUGAUCUGCUGGCGCUCAUCAAAGGUCGGUCGAGGGAUGGCUUGUACGAACCGAUUUUAGCCGACAACGAACGCGAGGCCGUUGCGGAUUUGCUGCAGUAUCUAGAGAACCGAACUGAAACGGAUUUCUUCUGUGGAGAGCCGUUGCAAGCCCUAAGUACACUCGUGUAUUCAGAUAAUGUCGACCUGCAAAGAAGCGCGAGCCUAACGUUCGCGGAAAUCACCGAAAGAGAUGUUCGUGAAGUCGACAGAAACACUUUAGAGCCUAUCCUGUCCCUGCUCCAAAGUCCAGAUAUUGAAGUUCAGCGAGCGGCGAGCGCAGCCUUGGGAAAUUUGGCUGUGAACACUGAAAACAAAGUUUCCAUCGUAGAGUUAGGUGGCCUAGCACCACUCAUCCGUCAGAUGCAGUCUCAAAAUGUCGAAGUCCAGUGUAACGCCGUUGGUUGUAUCACUAACCUUGCGACUCACGAAGAGAACAAAUCAAGGAUAGCAAGAUCUGGUGCCCUAGGCCCAUUGACGAAACUCGCGAAAUCAAAAGACAUGAGGGUUCAACGCAACGCUACUGGUGCCCUCUUAAACAUGACCCAUUCUGACGAGAAUCGACAGGAACUUGUAGUUGCUGGAGCAAUUCCAGUACUGGUUCAGCUCUUGUCCUCACCUGACGUGGACGUCCAAUACUACUGCACAACCGCCUUAAGCAACAUUGCAGUAGACUCAGCUAAUCGCAAACGACUGGCUCAAACUGAGCUUAGACUUGUUCACUCCCUGGUUCAGUUGAUGGACUCCUCAACACCGAAGGUGCAAUGCCAAGCUGCUCUCGCGUUACGAAAUUUAGCAUCGGACGAAAAAUAUCAACUUGAGAUAGUUCGCGCACGCGGUCUUCCUCCACUACUGCGGUUGCUGCAGUCCUCAUACCUCCCACUGAUCCUCUCCGCCGUUGCAUGUAUCCGCAACAUCUCGAUUCAUCCCCAUAACGAGUCUCCUAUCAUCGACGCCGGAUUCUUAAAACCCCUGGUAGAACUCCUAGGGCCAAUUGAUAAUGAAGAGAUCCAGUGUCAUGCUAUUUCCACGCUUCGAAACCUCGCUGCUAGUUCUGACCGGAACAAAGAACUCGUCCUGCAGGCUGGUGCUGUACAAAAGUGCAAGGAGUUGGUUAUGCAAGUCCCGCUUAGUGUACAAUCAGAAAUGACAGCUGCCAUAGCAGUGUUGGCUUUAAGUGACGAGCUAAAACCGCACCUACUUGACCUUGGCGUCUUUGAUGUGCUCAUCCCACUGACUGCGUCAGAAAGCGUUGAAGUACAAGGUAACAGUGCGGCUGCACUGGGCAAUCUCUCAUCAAAAAGUAAGUCACCCGAUGCCCAACCUAGAAAAGUCAAGUUAAUUAAUGAAUCCUAUGAAGUCGGCGAUUACUCGAUAUUUGUACGGGACUGGACGGCCCCGAGUGGGGGUAUUCUGGGAUACAUGAAUCGAUUCUUGGACAGCGGAGAUCCUACAUUCCAACACAUUGCUGUAUGGACGUUGCUACAACUGCUCGAGUCUGGUGAUAACCGGUUGAACAAUCUCAUCCGCGAGUCUCAAAAAAUCGUCAGUAUUGUCAAAGAGCUUUCUGAGAGACCAGUGGGCCCUGAAGACUCAGAUGGAGAAGAUGGAGAGGGCGAGCUAAUUGCAUUAGCGCAACGCUCGCUUGAAAUAUUGGGACAAUCGAAACAGAACCUAAUUGAUUCAUAA